ACUCCGAACCUGUCGCGUCGUUUCAGCCAUGACUACAUACAGCCUGGUGGUGCCCAGGGAGUACGGCUACGUGGUGCUCGUCGGGGUGGGCUCCACCCUGGUCAACGCGUGGCUCUCCUUCCGCGUCGGAAGAGCGCGAAGGAAGUACGACGUCAAGUACCCAGCCAUGUACUCGGAUACGAACAUCGUCUUCAACUGCAUCCAGAGAUCCCACCAGAACUUCCUCGAGGGCUACCCUCAGUUCUUGAUGACGCUGUUCCUUGCUGGAUUCGAGUUCCCGCUGGGCGACAUGAACUCGACGCCCCUGGCAGAGCUAUGGGCAGUGUUUUCUGCGCCUGCUGCAGUAGUGCCGUAG